UUAGACGUUUCAUAUUAUUAUGGCGUGACUGAAGGCAGAAAUAGGCUGUGUUUACCUAGGAAGUACAGUAUAUGAAAUGCGCCAGAGGACAUGUCUCUCCUUACUUCUCAUUUUCUUCGCUGACAGCCUCAGGGCUGAGGGUUUGAACAUCACGAAGUACGAUCAUCUAGCGUCAAUAUUAACUCGACACCGAGCAAUAAGAGAUGCCGAAUUCGACGAAGCUCUCAAACAAUACAGUCCUGUUCUGAAGAAAGUUGGCCUUUUUCAUGGCCGCUCAUAAAUACCUUACCAAGGAUGUUAGGUACAAAGGGAGAGAACUCUUGGAAGAAAGAUCCUACUUCCGUCACUUUCCUAUUCCUCGCCUACGUCGAUUACAUCACACAGCCUCGAAAGCUUGUCAACUUGGGGCGUUCCGAUGUUUACAGGAGAUUAAUUCCAAAGUUGAGAAAUUUAACACUGAAAGAAAAUCCGGCUCCAACAUCUACCAUCCUUUCUAUAACAAGGUUGAUUUGUUUCAGUACAGGACAACGGCGAGCUAUUUCUUGUGUAUGUACACUCUGGAACGCAAUGCUAUGAUGAAGACGAUUCACAUGGCAGGGAAGUGUCUAGAUGGGUUUCAGAAGACAAGGGAGGCAAAGGAAUCGGGAGUGUUUGUAAACGAUUGGCGGAAGGACGAUGUGGAGUAUCAGUGCUCCCAAAUCUAUUACUGUCCAAAUCCUUGCUACGGACGCCAAAGUCAGGGUAAUAUCGUCUCCUUCUUCAAACAAUGGAACGAUCCAGGCAACCCGUGUCGUGACCUCAAAAACCAAAAGUGUUCAUGGGCGCCGGGCCGGAAUUCGAACUUCGAGAGUCUCAUGCGAAACCGCUUCAACAUCACCUGUAUCUGUACCAAUGACCGGAAGGGCUUCGCGUGGAACUCUCGCUUCAAGAUGUGUGUGGACAUUGACGAGUGCCAUAAUGGGAAUGUGGUUUGUGAGAAGGGGAAGAUGUGCCAGAACACCGCAGGUAGCUAUGUCUGUGUGUGUCCGAGGGGGAAGAUGUUGAACAAGAAGACUCAGAAGUGCGAGGACAUUGUGCUCCUACCGGAAGUUAAGAAGGCCAAAUCGAAGCAAAGAAUUAACAGGAAUGACAAACCAACGCUUCUGCGGCAGCUGGAGAUUCUACUGGGGGUGUCAUCAGCUGCAACAGCUGGUGGAGCUGCAGGUUGGCCAGGUGUUCUGACUCUGUCUUUGACUCUGAUCAUGAUUGUUUGAAGGUGCCAUCCUUUAGAGUGACUCACAGGAACUCAUAGUUGCAGUUUCGGGGCGAUCAAGUCUUUGCUGGCGUGUUCCCUGUUUAAAUAGUUGUCCGAUCACAGCUCCACUUGUGUCCACUGGAUGCAAGGAGUCAAACCCGUCUUUAGGCGUAACAAUCGAACGUUCAGCUAUUACUCUAUCCCACCAUGUCUGGUUAUUAAUCACCAAGAGAAGAGGGGGCUGUGGGGUAGCCCAGCUGAUAAAGCGUUUGCUCGUCACGCCGAAGACCCGGGUUCGACU